AUGUUGGGGGUGAGCCAGGCCAAGCCACCGUCGUGGGAGAGACCAGACAUCCCCGAUGAGCUGGAGGAAGAGGGGAUGCAGGGCAGAAGUGAGACAUCGUGCAACAGACUGACGGAGGAGAGGGACGAGGCUGAGAGGCAGCUCAAACACAUCAAGAGAGUGUCUCAGAUGGUGAUUGAGGAGGUGAGCGUUCUGCAGACUCAGCUGGAGAUCGAGAAGUCAUGCCGGGAGAACGCAGAGGCCCUGGCCACAAAGCUGAACUGCGAGAACAGAAAGCUGAAGUACCUGAGCCUGUCUUCCCGGCCGUGUUUGGACGAGCUACUUCCCAGCAUUUCCGACUGCAUUGCCCUGGAGGCUGACGCGGACGCUGCGGACGCGACAGAUGUUGCCGACGGCAGCCCCGACAUCUUCACCCAACACCAGCAGCAAGUCAAAGAGCUGAGGGAGACGGUGAACAGCUUGUUGGAGGAGAAGAAGAACUUCAUGUGUCAGAUUCACGAACAGCAGCGACGGAUAGACGAGCUGACUGCACAGUCAGAGAAAGAUCAGACGGAGAUGAAGCAACUUCACGAAACAGUCGCGCAGCAAAGCAAAACCAUCAAGAGAUUUAACAGAGUUUCCAUGAUGGCGGCUCAGGAGUACGAGGGGAUGAAGGACCAGCUUGACUUGGAGCAGAGCCUGAGAGUCCAAGCUGAGACGUACGCUCACGAGAUGCUGGUGAGGCAGAAGGAGGCCAACAGGCAGAGCAUGCUGCUGCUGCAGAGUGCUGAGCCCAGCGUUCAGCUGCUGAAGGCCCUCGAGGACAUCGCUGCCGUCACCAAAACACUGGAGGAGGAGCGUCAGCAGCAUCAGCAGAAGGUGCAGAGCCUGGAGGCCAAGCUGGAGCAGAGCUGUGUGAAGAAGCAGCUGGAGGCUCUGCAGAGGCAGCUGGAACUACUGGAGGUUGAGAAGAAGGAGGCGGAGGGACGGCUGGAGCAGGCGGAGAAGAAGAACGAGGAGCUGGAGAACAGAGCAAUCAUGAGGAAAUCCUCCAAAGGCUCUAAAGCCUCUGUGAAAGCGGAGCAGCCUCCAGCUGCUGAGGGCGUGGACGAGGUGAAGGUGAAGGCGGUCAACGAGAUGAUGGAGCGGAUCAAACAUGGCGUCGUCCUGCGGCCUGUCAAGAGUCAGGAAGCCAAGCAACCCGUGAUCUGUGAGGAGAAGCAGCAGCAGGAGAGCGCCAUGGACGAGCUGAAAGGCAUCCUGGAGACAGUGAAGAGGAGUCCCAGUCGAGGCUCCCAGGAGUCAGGGCCGUCGCCGCCGGGCAAGAAGGACAGCGAGCUGGAGGUCAUCCUGAGACGCCGACGCAACAAGGCAGGAGAGGCCAGCUCUGGAGAUGAGCGCGAGGGCCAGAUGAGCCACGUCUCGUCCUCCGACAGUCUGAACGGAAGGCGCACCAGCAGCGACUCAGGCAAGGAUCCAGACGGACUGAGCGCCCCCUCUGACAUGCCGGGGCCCAGGGUCAGUCCGGAGAGACGGGGGUCGGGGCCUGGACCCAUCGUGGCCAGAAGGAGGAGCUCCGACACGUACAGAGAGAGGAGGUCCUGCAGCUCUCAGUCGGAGAAAGAAACGGCAGAGUCUCCGGUCAGCAACGGCUGCAUUGACAGCGUCGGGGAGGAGAAUCAAAUCAAAUCGAACGGAGUUGGCCACGCAGAGCCCAGCAGGGAUGUGCACGCUGCCGUCUGUACCGACCCAGUCAACGGCAGCGCCGACAUCGCAGACGCCGAGUGCUAG